AUCACCUGUGAAUGCACGCCCGGCUGUGACGAAGACAAGUUAACACCAGCUGCGUUCGAGAAGCAUUCUGGCAGAGAAACGGCUAAAAAGUGGAAGAACAAUGUGUGGGUUAUCGUUGGAGGCGAGAAGAUUCCACUGUCAAAGACAGUACUGCUCAAAUACUACAAUGAAGCAUUAAAGAAGUGCAAUAGAUCAAACAGAAGAUCACAAGGUACCAAAGUAUUCCAUAGAGAUGAGUUUGUUGGGUGCAUCGAAUGUGGUAAGGAGAGGAGGUUCAGGUUGAGGAGCAGAGACGAAUGCCGCUUGCACCACAACGCAAUGGCUGAUCCAAACUGGAAAUGCUCAGACUUUCCAUACGACAAGAUAACAUGUGAGGCAGAGGAAGAGAGAGGAAGCAGGAAAGUGUAUAGAGGAUGCACACGUUCGCCAACUUGCAAAGGCUGCACUUCUUGCGUCUGUUUUGGCUGCGAGUUAUGCCGUUUCUCUGAUUGUACUUGCCAGACGUGUGUGGACUUUACCAGCAAUGUCAAAGCUUGAAGAAGUGUCCACUAAAGAAUAAUGUCUUGCAUUUAAAACCAUGUAUUCUUAAUUUCCAGACUUUUAUAUCUUCUAUUUAUCUGAUGGCUCGUUGAAUGGAUUGAGCAAUUAACAAAGUAAAAAAAAAUGGUGGAUUUCCUAGAAGAACAUGCGCACGAGCAUGCUUCGGUUAGUGCAUGUCUUUCUUUUUGUAUUGGUCUAGUG